UUCGGGCCGGGCGUGAUGGCGGCGGCGACGGCCCCGGCCCGGGCGGCGGCGGCGGCCGCGGGGGCCGCGAUGGCGGCGGCGGCGGCGGCGGUGACGGGGCGGCGGCGGCUGCUGCGGGCGGCGGGGCAGCGGCCGGGCGGGCGCGGGGCCGCGGCGGGCUUUAGGCGGCGGCGGCAGCGCCAUGGAGCGGCCCGGGAGCGGCGAGGGGGCCUGGGCCGCGCUGCUGGGCCGGCAGCACCCGCAGGCCCGGGAGUUCUGCCCGGGGGUGAACAACCGGCCCUACGUGUGCGAGACCGGGCACUGCUGCGGGGAGAGCGGCUGCUGCACCUACUACUACGAGCUGUGGUGGUUCUGGCUGCUCUGGACCAUCCUGAUCCUGCUGAGCUGCUGCUGCGCCUUCCGGCACCGCCGGGCCAAGCUGCGCCUGCAGCAGCAGCAGCGGCAGCGUGAGAUCAACCUCAUCGCCUACCACGGUGCCUGCCAGUACCCGCCCUCCUCGGGGGACCUCCGGCUGCUGGCCUCCUUCAAGCUGCCGGCGUACGAGGAAGUGGCGCAGCGCCCCGGGACGCCGCCGCCGCCCUACAGCCCCGGGAGCCCCUCGCUGUCGCCCGGUUCCUCCAGGGGCUGCAGCUCCUGCUCCUGCGGCUGCUCCUGCGCCUCCUCCCCCAGCAGCUCCUCGCUCUCGGCACCGGGAACCGACGAGACGGACCCGGAGCCGUGCCCGGGCCCCGGGGGUGGCAGUACCGGCCGUGAUUACGGCUCCAGCAGCACCGGCACCGGUGCCAGCUGGGAGCUGCCCCUUCCCGAGGAGCUGCCGGCCUGUGGGGGUCCCCCCAAACAAGUGCCCCCGGAUUUCUGUGAGGCUGAGGGCCGCCCCUGCUCCAUCACCCAGGGGGGAGAGGAUGGGGGGGACAGAGCGGUGCCAGGGGGAUGUCCCGGGCGGCACCGGCGGCUCACGGGGGAUUCGGGCAUCGAGGUGGGCAGGGGACUAGAGGAGGAGGAGGGCGAGCCUGAGGGAUGUGGGGGAGCAGGGGGUGGUGGGGGGCCUGGCUCACCCGUGCUGCCCGUCUGAGCCCCCCACCAAGUCCCCCAAGUGGGGUCUGGACUCAUCACGGAGCCCCUGGGGGCCCUUCACCCCGACUGACACCCACCUGGCAGUGCGGUGGGGUCCUGCUGGAACCCCCUCCCCUCCAAACUGCUCCUGGGGCCUCCCUCCCCUGCGAUCCCGGUGCUGCUGCCUGGGGGGUGCCCGAGACCACGGGGGUGGGUGGUCCCGGCACCUUCUCUCACCAUUAAAGAGAUGUGGAAGUA